UGAUCGCGACUUCCGAUGCUCGGAUGAUCCAAUUGCCAAUUGAGGUCGCGAUUAAAUGUGCGCGAUACAAAUGAAAGGAAUGGCCUGCGAGCGAAAUAAGCUUCGUUCGAAUAACGCGUAUUGCCGUGACGCAUUUUCUUUUUCGAAUCGAAACAACGUUCGAUAAUAAUCUUGCUAUCCGUAAGAUGUUGCCUAGACAACACACAUCGUUUCCCUUAUAUAGAAAAUGGUUCGUGCAAUCUUGUGGUCUAUUCGUUGGAUAGCAGGAAGUAAUUAAAGUAGCUAGGAACAUGCUCGAUUGCACGAAAUUCGAACAUUAAUUGAACGUUUUGCGUUAGUCUGUAUUUUACUGUCGGCUGGCUACGUGUUCGAUAAUUGUGCCUUUGUUGCAAUUUACACGGCUGUAUUUACGCUAAAUGUCUAUCGUUGUUGGGGCUUAACUUCUCCUUUAGCUUUUAGACGCUAUCAUUAGAUAAACAUCCGAUGAAGAAGAUGGCGUGUUUGUUUGCCGAGUAAAAUGAAAUAAUUGUAUGGCGUAUGAAUCUGAAAUUACGCCAACCGAUCCUUUUAGCCGGUUGAAGUGAAAAAUGGACGCCUAUAAAUGGUACGAAUUCGUAGCAUCGGUAUAGAGUCGACUCCGGUGUCUUCGACGUUGCUGACGUGCGUGAUCGAAUUCCUAAUAUUUUCAUCGACGGCAUCGAAUUACCGGAGAAAUGGGAGCCGCGGCAGUUUCGGUGUCUCUGAUUUGUCUUUUAACGUUGCAAUUCGUCUUCGUCCACGGAGGUGCCAUAUCCUCGGAUCCCGAUGACUUCAGGAGAAUGACAUCCAUACAUAGAAAGAGGUGUAUCGCGGAAAGUAAAACGACUCUUGAGGCCAUCGAAGGUACGGAAUACGGAGAAUUUCCUGAAGAUGAGAAUCUGAAGUGUUACUUUAAAUGCGUUCUGGAAAAGUUUAACAUGAUGGACAAGAAUGGUAAAAUAAGAUACAACAUAAUAAAACAAGUAAUUCCAGAUGUUUACAAAGAGAUAGGUAAUGAGAUGAUAGAUAGUUGCAAGGACGUCGGUAAGUAUUCCAUCGAUUGUAUCGACCGCGAGUUUAUCUGCUGUAAAUCUAUCGUUUUGAUCAUUAUGUUUUUAGACGCGGAAGAUAAAUGCGAAAAAACUUACUUGUUUAUGAAAUGCAUGUACAACGUCAAUCCUAUAGCGUUUAUUGCUCCGUGAUCACCAUAGAAGUAUGACGUUACCAUUUGAACAAUCGUUAUUGUACCGAAACGUAACAAAGUAAAAUUAUGUUUAUUAUAUCAGCAUAAUAAAAAUAUAAUUAUCUACGAGA